AUGACAGAAAAUCGUAAAGUUCCGAAGCUACCAGUUGAAGGAAAGCGCAACAUCCUCAUCACCAGUGCUCUGCCUUACGUCAACAACGUCCCUCAUCUCGGCAACAUCAUUGGAUGUGUGCUGAGUGCUGACGUGUUUGCUCGGUAUUGUCGACUUAGGGGUUACAAUGCUAUUUACAUCUGCGGUACUGAUGAGUAUGGCACAGCGACAGAGACUAAAGCUUUGGAAGAGAAUUGUUCUCCCAAAGAGAUUUGUGACAAAUACCAUGUCAUUCAUAAGGAGGUAUAUGAUUGGUUUGAUAUAAGUUUUGAUGAAUUUGGGCGGACUUCUUCCCCUGAGCAAACUGAAGUUUGCCAGGCAAUUUUCAAAAAGAUACACGAAAACAAUUGGCUCUCCGAGGACACAUUACAACAGCUUUACUGCGAUACAUGCAAAAAGUUCUUAGCCGAUCGGCUUGUGGAGGGUACAUGCCCUAUUCCCGGGUGCGAGUAUGACUCUGCUCGAGGAGACCAAUGUGAGAAGUGUGGAAACCUUCUAAAUCCGACAGAAUUGAAGAUUCCCAGGUGCAAGGUUUGUCGAAAUAGUCCUCGUAUUUGUGAUACGGACCACUUAUUUCUUGAGCUCCCUCUUUUGAAAGAUAAGUUGGAAAAAUACAUCAAUGAGAUGUCUGUGGCUGGAUCAUGGAGUCAGAAUGCUAUUCAAACAACAAAUUCAUGGUUCAAAAUGGGAUUAAAGAAACGUUGUAUUACCAGAGAUCUGAAGUGGGGAGUUCCUGUUCCACAUGAAAAAUACAGUGACAAGGUUUUCUACGUUUGGUUUGAUGCACCUAUCGGAUAUAUAUCAAUCACGGCAAGCUACACACGUGAUUGGGAGAAAUGGUGGAAAAAUCCGGAGAAUGUGGAGUUAUUUCAGUUUAUGGGAAAGGACAACGUGCCAUUCCACACUGUAAUGUUUCCAUCUACUCUACUUGGGACUGAUCAAAAUUGGACUUUAAUGAAGACUAUUAGUGUUACUGAAUACCUGAAUUAUGAAGCAGGGAAGUUUUCUAAGAGCAAAGGCAUCGGGGUAUUUGGUAAUGAUGCAAAAGAUACUACUAUUCCAGUUGAAGUAUGGAGAUAUUACUUGCUCACAAAUAGGCCUGAGGUAUCAGAUACACUUUUUACGUGGUCUGACUUGCAAGCAAAAUUAAAUACUGAGUUGCUGAAUAACUUGGGAAACUUCGUCAACCGAGUUUUGAGUUUUAUUGCCAAACCUGAAGGUCAAGGAUAUGAUUCCAUUAUUCCCACUGUUCCUGAUGAUGUAAGUGGCGACUCCCAUGAUCCAACCAAAAAAUUGGCCAGCAAAGUUGCUGCAUAUUUGGAGCAAUACAUAGAAGCAAUGGAGAAGGUUAAACUCAAGCAAGGAUUGAAAAUUGCAAUGAGCAUAUCCGGUGAGGGGAAUGCAUAUUUGCAGGAAACUGAAUUUUGGCGUCUUUACAAGCAAAACCAAUCUCUCUGCUCCCUUGUUAUGAAAACUGCUGCUGGGAUUGUAUAUCUUCUUGCUUGUUUAUUGGAACCUUUUAUGCCAUCUUUCAGUCUUGAGGUAUUCAAGCAGCUAAAUUUGUCCACGGAGACACAUCUUUCACUUUCUGAUGAUAAAGGAGAUGUUGAUAGAGUAAGAAGGCCCUGGGAUCUCCUGAGUGCUGGUCAUAAAAUUGGAACACCAAAGCCAUUGUUCAGGGAGCUGAAAGAUGAAGAAGUGGAGUUCUACAGGAAGAAAUUUGAAGGAAGUCAAGCAGAUAGGGUUUUGCGCGCAGAGGCCGAAGCUGCUGAAAAUGUUGCUGCACAAUUGAAGAAAACAAAAGUUUCAGUGCCAUUAUUUGCAACAGAUGGCACUGGGAAGAAAAAACCCGGGGCAAAAUCAGCAGCAAAAUCAUCAAAUGAAGCCAAAAACAAGUCUGCUGCUGAACCAGAUAUUUCCAUCACAAGGCUUGAUAUUCGAGUUGGUCUCAUAAAAAAGGCUGAAAAGCAUCCUGAUGCAGAUUCACUAUAUGUUGAAGAGAUUGAUGUUGGUGAAGAACAGACAAGAACUGUUGUCAGUGGACUUGUCAAGUAUAUACCACUUGAUGAAAUGCAGAACCGAAAAGUCUGUGUUCUUUGCAACUUAAAACCAGCAAGCAUGAGGGGCAUUAAAUCCCAAGCUAUGGUUCUUGCUGCUUCCAAUGAUGAUCACACCAAGGUUGAGUUGGUGGAACCGCCCAGUUCUGCUUCUGUUGGAGAAAGAAUUACAUUCCCAGGGCAUGAAGGCAGUCCUGAUGAACUCUUAAACCCAAAGAAGAAAGUUUGGGAGACAUUGCAAGUCGAUCUGCACAGUAAUGAGAAGCUAGAGGCAUGCUACAAAAACAUUCCACUCACCACUUCAGCUGGCAUUUGCACAGUUUCAUCGAUAAGCAAUGGAUCAAUACGGUAG